CCAAUUUUGUAAUUUCAAGAAAAAGCAAGGGCCAUAAAACACCGAAAUUGUUUCCUUAAAAACCUCAGCAAAGCCGUUUUUACAACAAAACAAACCCUUACGAAAGAAUAUAAAACUUUCCUAGUUAUGAUCACUAAGAUAGAACGCAUCCUUCAAAUUCUCGUAACUUUUCAACCAAUCAAAACUCAAAAUAUCGGAUCGUAACUCUGACACAAAUUUCUCUUAACCCAGAUUUUUUUCAAUUCUUUUUUGCCUUUUUUUUUUUUGUUGGUUUGGGAUGUUGAAAAAUUCUGUCUUCUGCCACUUUGUUUCUUGGUUUUUCGAGUAGAUUUAAAAAAAAAAAUUUUUUUCGGGUACUUAAACUUUUUUUUUUCCUGGGGAUUUUGGUUGUGGUUAUGAAUAAUAACUGGAGAAGACAAAAAGGUGAAUUUCAUCAUCAAGAAAUGCAAGGGAAAAGAUCAUACAGCAGAAAGACACCACUUGCUACUUGGCAGCCAACUGUGCCAUCAUGGGAGAAGAAGUUUUGCAGUUUGGUAGGCUCUGUUCCAUGGCGGAAGCUUCUGGAAGCCAAGAGGUUUAUGUAUCUUUAUGACAAUGUAGUCCAGUGGAAUGACUCAGCUGGUGAAGAGGCAUUCAAUAAUGCUAAGAACCGGUUUUGGGCUGAGAUUAAUGGUCUUCCCUGUGACAUAAGACUCCCAGAUCCUGAUAGUUAUAUUGACAAAAUAGACUGGGACUCUGAAAUUGAUCCUGAGCUGCUUCUGGACUUGGAGAGAGAGCCCAAUGCCCCUGACGACAAGGAUGAAAAUGAGAAUGUUGUGAUUCUUGGUAAUUCUCUUCUUUUGAAUCAGUCAUUUUCCUGUGGUGGUUGGGGGGAUGCUGAAGAGGGUGUAGUGAAGGAGAAUAAUGUGUCUUCAAAUUGGAAAAGCAGAGACUAUGAAAAUUCUUGGGAGCAUAAUUGUGCUCCCAAUAAUGGCAAUAUGAAAAAUUCUGGAUAUGAGAAGUGUUGGAAUAAUUCUUGGGAAUGGAACCCAAGGGAGAAUAACUAUAACGAGUGUGACAAUAAUGAACCAAACUUUGUGGAUUAUAGUACAGGUAGAGAUUGGGGAGCAUGGGAUGUUACUAGAAGAAAGAGAGAAGGUGCUGGUCAGUACAUGUCAAGGUAUAAAAACUCAAGGUUUUAUGGUGAUAACCGUCAAAAUAAUCGGGGAUGGAGGAAUGUGAGAGGGAGGCAGAGAACGAAUUUUUCGUAUGAACGACCCCCUGUGGAUCCAACACAGUGGAACUCUGUGAAUUAUUGUGGAUGGGCCAAUUAACCAUAAUGAAUUUGGCAAAGGAGCCCCUAUGGAAUAGGGAGAGGCAAGUUUUGUAAGUAUAAAGUUAUAAUAAUAUAGUAUAUAAUUUUGUAGAUUGUAGGUCUCAAUAUUAUUUUAUUUGUUGUUCUGUGUUGGAACGGAUAGCAUAAAAUAGGAUGAUAACAGCUUGGCAAUUUCCCCGUUAUUUUUGGUUUAUGUCCCAGUUUUGUAGUUUGCUUCUUUUGAAGGCUCGACUGAAGUUUGAAUAUUAUUUGUUGUCCUGAGAGUGUUUAGGUGAUAUGUUUGUUAAUUACUCAAAACUGUUUGAUGAAUUAUUGUGACUAGUUGGAUUGCAUGUUUAUCAUCAGAAUUCCGUAGCUUGCAUCCUGAUAGCUCAAAGGGUUUCAAAUGUACUGAAAUCUGUAGGAGCUUCUUGGCUGUCUGAGGAAAAAUGUGAUUUGUUCCAUCAUGGUUUUUGGCAAUUUUUUCUAUUUUUAUUUUCUGUUUAUUGACGUUCUGCAUUUUUCAUUCACUUUCUUACAAAACUAAUCUCUUUUUAAGGGAAAUACCGCUCUGCUUGAUCAAUUGAAUUUUAGGACUCUUUUACCACCUUUGAUGCAUGAAAUUGGAAUUCUUAAGCUUUUCUAGCCCAUGUCUGCUGAAAAGCAUAAUGUAGCAAGCUGCAAAUUUAUUAACUUUUAUAGAGAUAUACACGAAAAUUUUGAUAUUAUUUUACAAGACUUCUGCUAAACAACGAACUGUUUGUGCUGGUUGUUUCACUCAUAUGCGGAAAAAUUCA